AUGGUUGAGCCAGAAACAAUGGAUUCGAAAAACGUGGAAGAUGAAACUAACACCGGUAGGUGACAGAAAAGGUAACGGAGAGAAAGAAAAAGAAAAAAAGGAAAAAUGAAUGGAAUAAAUGAAUGAACUGAAGGAAGGACGGGUAAAUUGAGUGUUUAAUCGUUUUUGGUUUAACUACCAGGCAGAUAACUUGAUGCGUGCGUAGGAACUGAGAAAAAACCACUGAGCGCUUAUCUACAGCUUUUUGUGCCAUUCGUAUUUUUGCGAUAAACGCAAACCCAUCUUUACGCCGAUUUGCGACGUAAAAUAACAAGCCAAAGAAACUAUAAUUUCAACUGCAGUUGUCAAGUCUGGAAAUAAACUUAAACCAUUAUUUUUCUUCCUUUCACCUCCACGCAUUCAGCGGAAAACGUCCAACGAGAAAAAAGAGUGCGGAUAAAUGAGGAUCAACUGCUUCACACAGUUGAUGACUCUAAAAGUAGCACUGCGGCCCGAGUGCCUUCGUUCUUUAUUGGAAAGCCGCUGGUUGAUUUUGAUGGAGGCAUCGCAAGUGUAAGUAGAACUCGGUUGUUGACAUCUGAACUUACAGUUACGGUAAGAGGCGAGUGUACUAGGAAGUACAUGAAUAACAGCUUAGAGGCAUCCCUGUAUUGUAAUUUUGUUGAUAGCAUGCAUGUGAAGGAUGUUUUCAAGCAAGGCUGUGAGCAUUGAAAACGAUUUUCCAAUUGGCUGCGCAAGGUCCUACUGAUUUUGUUCUCGGUGGAACCGACAAAGCCUUCUGAAGAUGGUUGUGGCUCUGCCGUGAGUCAAAUGAGCCCCUACUCACAGCCUCGACUAACUAACAAAUAUUUACCUUUUGACAUUUGACCCUAACUGGCUUUCCUUUUUGAACUAUGCAAAUAUGUAAGCUAUGAAACCUGAAAAUGUUUUAUUCCUAAUAUCUGCGUUUUUUUUUCCAGCGGCCUUCUAUAGACACUUUUCUGGUGGUUAGCCGUCGUGGAAAUUCGAGCUCAGAUCACGUGUUCCGAUUCAACAAAGCAAAGUCACUGUGUCUUUUUGGGUCUCUAAAUCCCAUCAGGAGAUUUGCAAUUCGCCUGGUCACUAACAAGUAUCCUUUUGAACAAGUGUCAACAUUUUCUCAAAAUGUAAAUGUCAAUGUAGCCUGCGAACAGCAGACUCAUUUCCUGUCGUCUCUUCUCACAGGCUAA